AUGGGUUUUUUGAUCAAUUUGCAGGAUGAUUUUUCGCGGGAAUUGCCGCAAGGUGGCGCCGCGAUGGCAUCAAUGAAACAUCUUCGUCGCCUGCGCGUCCCGUUGUUGCAAACUGUAAAAAAUUCUGCAGUGUUUUUUUCUCUUCUAAAAAAUUGUGAAUUUUCCGCAUUUUCCCCCACAAUUCUCGGAAACAUGGGCGGAUGGCAGUUGGAAAUUGCAAAAAUGGCCCUCUACAUCACCUUCCCCGUUGCCCUUUUUCACUAUUUCAACCAACCGGAGUACUUUGAAAAGUGGGUGACCCACAUGAAAAGGGAGCUGUACCCCCCGGAAGACACCAGCCAGAAUGAGGAAUUCCGGAAAGCCAUCCGGAGUGUCCGGGUGGCGAAGGAAAAGGAAAUUCUCCGCGCGCUCGAAGAUAUUGAGCGGAAAGAACGAGGAAAUGCGUAGAUUUUCCUCCAAUUGUGAUUGCAUUGUAUCCUAGUUUCUCUUUUUAAUUAAAAUUUA